CUCUGAGGCUGGAACUCGAAGACAAUCCGGAACUUGCAGGAACACAAGGAUAGGAUGCACCGAGGCAGAAGACUGCUUAUGCGAGCUGCUGUGGUGGAAAAUAAAUUGACUCCCAAUCAACAUGAGCACUUUUUCAAAGGAAUUCAUUUCUGCAGAAAGCUCUUUAGCUUGUGUUGAAGCUGAAUUUAUAAAGAAUCUACAGCAACAGAUCUACUAUCUGGAGCUAGAAGCCAAUUUUCUUCGUGAGCAAACGAAAAAGUCCAUCAUUCUUCAGCCAAAGGUGGAGUCAGAAGCAGAGAUAAUGUCACGGAAACUGCGGGAGCUACGUUGCCAAGCUGAUGGUUUGCGCUUGGAACUGAAGCGGAAGGAUGCCUAUUUAAACACACUGCAGACUGAAAAGGAGAGGCUCAACAACCAGCUUAAACAAUCCGAUGAUUCCCAUUCAAAGGAAAAGCAAUCCCUUGUGGAGGAGAUUAUACAGCUAAAGAAAAUGAAGGAGCUUACAGACAGGGAGCUCUCACACAAGGAAACAGAAAUACUACAGAGCGAGCAGGAACUGGAACGGCAGAUCUCUGACCUAACGAACACUGAUCACAAGGUUAUAACGUUAAAAGAACAAAUCGGACAAAGAUCAGAUCAAGAGAAAGUGAUUGUGACGCAACUGGAGGAAAAGCGCCUCAUGAUUUUAAAAGUGCAGUCAGCUCUCCAGGAGAUGGAGGGAAAGCACAAUGCCAACACAGCUGCCAUGCUGGAUAAAAUCACACGUGAUUACAGAGAUGAGAUCCGUCUUCUUCAUCAACAGCUGCGUGAGAAAGAGAUGAUGAGGGAACAGGACCGUUGCCUCAGAAGCAAAAUGACAGAUAAUUGUGCCCCUUUGAUCAAGGAAAAUGCCCAGCUACAUUCACAGAUUCUUGAGCUCAAAAAACAGUUAGACAGGGAGAGGAUAGUGAAAGAAGAGACUGGUCUUUGGCGUACCUCAAGUGUGGUUCAACUGAUUACUGUAAAGGAUCAUAAGCAACAACUGGAAUAUGAGUUGAAGAGACACAAAGAGCUCCUGGAAAUUAAGAAAAACAAAUUUAAGGAAUUUAUGGAAAAGAUUCUGCUCCUUGAACAGGGGAAGACCUCGCUGGAACUGAACAAAGACACUCUGCACAGUCGCAUAGCUGAGAUACAAAGCAGAAUUGCAAAUAUCGAAGAAGAGAACCUUCAUUUGCAAAGAGACAAGGUUCUGCUGAUUGACCUCAUUACCGAUUUACAGAAGCAGUUUUCAGGUAAGGAAGAAGAGCUCUCUCGUGUCUACACUGAGAUGCAUUUAAUUGAUGAAGACAUUUCCACUCUGAAAUCCCAGAAUGCACUGGAACAGUCCGUUCAGUCUGAAAAAUGGCAGGAACUAUCCAGAGUUUCUGGUUUGGCAAAAUUAACUGGGUCAAUAAGCAGGAAUGGUAGAAAAUAUGCUCAAUAAUGUUUUAGUCAAUGUGUAGAGUAACUUAUAGCUCUAUAUACAGUAGAUGAAAUAAAUAAGCUUGAA